GUCAACGCUUUGACCUUCGCUCUCAUCCUUGUUCGGGCAGACCUCGAUACCGUCUCCUCGAUCGCGUGGUAUUGUGCCUUUAGCCGUCGGUUUCACGCGUAUUAAUUUCUGAAUAUCAAAGUUUCUGACCUGCCAGCACACUCGAACGCGUCGUACGGUCCACUAUAUCUACGUCUGCUCUACUCUCGAGUCUGGUAUCCUAUCCUCCGAACCACCGACCGCAAUUUCGUACGCAACCUCGCGUCUUGAUAUAAAAUGAGCGCAUUUCGUGAUUCUACAGUGGUCAUGAUUGACACCAGUCGGACAUCUUUACGCGCGGGACAUGGUUUACACGACCUUCUGAAAACCCCUUCUGUCGAAAUCCCUGCUCGCGUUGGUCUCCGAAGGGCGGUGUUGGAGGCAGCAAGCGAACUAACGAAUGGGUCAAAUGAGAAUGGGGAGUCAACUCAACCAAAAGCCUCAUCAUCCAAAACGCCCUCAAUCAAUGCUAAAGUGACCGACUACCUCGUCGGCUCUCAGUUGGAUGAAGCUCUUGCUUCCGGUCAGGAUAUUGUGGUCUUCUGGCCAUUCGCUGAAGGGGACAUAAGUGACUGGACACAGGCAGAGGCACUUUGGAAACAUGUCCUCUUUUCCCAAUUACAACUACGUCGAGUCCUGAUGGAGUCUCCAGUGUUACUUUCCAUCCAAGCUGGUCUCUCACGCGACGCCCACGAACGUUUAUGUCAAAUCUUUUUCGAACGGUUCAAUGUGGCUGGAUUCGCCAUUCUCGAACGUCCCAUGGCCCAAUUUUACGCUGCCAUCGCUGGAAACGACCUCAGUGGAGUCGUUGUGGAUAUUGGCCAGGACUACACAGAUAUUACACCCAUCUUGGACGGAUUCAUCGUCCAACGCGCCCGAGAAUCUUUACCCUAUGGUAUCAGCCACUGCGAAAGAUACCUCGCUUACCUCCUCCGUUCCAGCCCAGGCGUCAUGAACGCAUUGUUCCCUCCAAGUGGAGAACCAAUCACCCCAGAAGCUCAAGAAUCCACUCUCGUCGAGCUCGCUCACCAUAUUUGGCAAGAAGGUCUCGUUAAAGUCCUUGCAGAGGGCGAAGCGGCCGAUAUCGAAGAAGAAGGUAUUACGGAUAUCGCAGCCGUUCUCGUCGCAGGCAAAGAAAAGGCUGUCAUUGAAUCUGGUAUGAAGAAACGUCAGAACGCGAAAGCUACUGCGGCGGAGCAGGCUCGCGCGAGGGAGAUCGAGGCGAUGGAUCUUGUUACCGUCGAGUUUCGAGGGCUUUCACUUACGUUGGGCAAGGAAAGACACCGAUUUUGUGAACCAUUGUUCGAUCCAACUCUCUUGACUAAUAUACCAGGGGCAUACAAAGACACGAUGAUGCCAUUGGCAUCUGCCGUUGGACAUGCGGUGAGUAAGGUGGAGGUGGACAACCGACAAUAUGUGUGGCAAGGUCUCCUUGUUACUGGAGAUAUCACAAAUAAAAUCAAGGGUCUCGGAACCGCUCUUCAAGCUCGUCUUCAGCCAUUCAUCUUGAGCGCGGCGGACCAGGCGAACGAUGUACAACCUCGAAGUAUCCGAGUGAUCAAAGUCCCAGACUAUUUUGCCGAAUAUCGGGAUAAGGGCGAUGGGCUUGCGUCAUUCUUGGGCUUGAGUAUCGUUGCAAAGCUUGUGUUUACCGACUCGUCGGGCAAGAAUUUCGUAUCGAAAGCAGACUAUGUUGAGAGUGGUCCAAAAGUCAUACUAGACAUGUCACCGGCUUUGCUUUAAAUUAUUACUAGCUCUAUGUUUUCAUGCACUUAGUUCACCGUUCACGCAUUGAUCUUUUUACUCAGGCUCAUAUCAAUUGAGGGGGCAUGCGAAAGUCAUGGGGUAGUCUCAUACAAUCUUAUCAAUGCUACCAAGCAUAAUACAG